AGCAGCUGAACAAGGCAGAAAGAGGAAACAUUUGUUCUGUGGAGGAAGAGCCUGUCUUCAUCAUCGUAUCAGGAUGUUUGUUCUCAUCUGGGCGACUCUGCUCUUCACUGUGAAAGACAGCAAUGCUGACACAGGUGCAUCAAUUUGGAGAAGAGAGUGUACAAAUGAUUUCUGUAUCAGUCUUAGUGAAGGAGAAAUAACAUCAGAGGCUGGACUCUGUGUUGUGAUACCAUGUUCUUUCACCACUAGUGUUCUCUUUACACCGCAACAUAUAGUUUGGUACAAAUGUGAAUCAUCUAAACCAAGAUGUGGUGAUUCAGACAUCAUAUUCCUCAAGAACAAAGAAAAGGUUCAGUCUGGGUUUAAAGGACGAGUUUCACUGUUGGAGCCUGACGUGACAAACAGGAACUGCAGCAUCAUCAUCAAUGACGUCAUUGAGUCCGACUCUGGAUCAUAUCAGCUCAGAGUUAAUGGUCAUUGGUUUAUGAAGGGCGAUGGAUUUACAUUCUCUCAAAGGACAAUCGUCUCUGUUAAAGAUCUGAUCCAGAAGCCCACAGUGAUGAUUCCUCCUCUGACAGAGGGACAGCAGACCACACUGACCUGCACUGCUCCUGGUCUCUGCUCUGGAUCUGAACCUAACAUCACCUGGACGUGGAGAGGAGCAGGAGAGAAGGCCUCUCACAUCACAGGAAACAUCACAGCUCUCAAGACCGAGAACCUGACUGCUGCCACUCAGAGACACAGCUCAACUUUGAUGUUUAACCUUUCAGCUGAGCACCACGGCAGUGAGGUCACCUGCAAGGUCAUCUUCACCAACAACAUCACUACAGAGGAGACAGUGACUCUGAAUGUGACCUAUUGCUGAGAUUCUUCUUUCAUGUUUGCAGUUUUUCCAAGGAUCCUAAGUAGCUCUGCAUGUGAGGUUCAGUCAGAGGUCCUGACCUGUGUGUGCAUCAGUGAGGGGUUUCCUUUACCC